AUGUGGAUAAAACGGAGCGUUGCGCGCAGCCCGUCGGCUCUGAAGCCAGGCAGCUGUGUGGGGCACCGGGUCUGGAUCCUGCUGGCCAUGACUCACCUCACCCUGGACUUCUCCGUGUGCAGUCCCCUCGGUCAGGGUCUGGGGAUCAAGCUCACGCCUAAACCGGUGCCUCGCUCACGACCUCGCUUGCAGCCCCUCUGGGACACGCCCACCAAGCUCCACUGGAGGACGGUGAGCCCGUUGGCCCGCCGGCUCCUCAACCCUGUCCCUCCACUGCAAGACAGCAGGGCAGGACUAGGGCAGAAAGUCAAGGGCCAAAAGCAUCGAAAGCCAGCGCAUAAAGGACAAGCGGCGUGUAAGGAGUGCCGGUUGAGGUACUCUCACAUAGAGACAGGUGAUCCUCUGGCUGUAAUAGCAGAAGCUCCAGCAGCUUUAUCAAGUGGGAGGUUGUUAAUUAGAGCCAGGAGGCAGCUCAAAUGGGACAGCUACGACAAGUCUCAGGAGGGCCGGACUACCACCGUGGCUGGAUUUAUUGACUGGGGACCCACAGGCACAGAUAGCAUAGAUGAUGACGGCAAGCCGGAUCCCAAUGUAACGCUGUCCACCAGGGCCUCAGUUACCACAGUGGCCGCAACCACUAGCACUACAACCAGGCUCUCCCAAAGGACGUUAACUGUGGUGACCACCCCAGAGUCCAAAAGCACCACCAAGCCCACUAUCGGCAUCACGGAGACUGUCAAACCACCAAAGCCAUACGGGGACACACCAGGUUUGGCAGUUCACCAGAUAAUCACAAUCACUGUGUCUCUCAUUAUGGUUAUCGCAGCCUUGAUCACAACGCUCGUCCUUAAAAACUGCUGUGCGCAGUCUGGAAAUGGUCGCCACAAUAGCCAUCAGCGCAAGAUCCACCAGCAAGAAGAAAGCUGCCAAAACCUGACAGACUUCACGCCGGCCCGGGUGCCCAGCAAGGUGGACAUCUUCACUGCCUACAACGACAGCCUGCAGUGCUCACACGAGUGCGUCCGGACUGCCGUGCCCAUCUACACCGACGAGAUGAUCCAGCAGACGCCCGUCUACAAGACUGCUUACAACGGAAACAGGCCCUCCCCCACCGAAAGACAACUGAUUCCUGUGGCCUUUGUGUCAGAGAAGUGGUUCGAGAUCUCCUGUUGACGAGCUGAAGGCCUUGUUCGUGUUCCGUGGGUGGAAGAGACUUCCUGAAUUCACGCUCUGGAUCCAGUUGAAAACAAGACACACACACUCACACACACACA